ACCACGCUUGCUCGCGGAGGCAUCGAUCGCCCCACUCGCGCUCGCCAAUUCGCGACCCGCUCCCUCAGCCGAGCGCGCCAACAUGCAGCCUCCACCUAGAAAGAGUAACUACACCAAGUUCCUCAAGAACUUGCACACGGAGCAGAUUUCGAAGCUGCAUGCGAAAAACCAGCAUGAGUGCGACCUCCUCGAAGACCUGCGCACCUACACCAUCAAGCGUUCAGCUAUCGAAAAGUCUUACUCCGAGGCGCUGCUCAAGAUAUCGUCAGCAUAUCUGAACAAGAAGAUUCCCAACAUCCCUGACAUAAAAGUGGACGGCGCCGAAGAAAAAUGGAACAUGUGGAAUGUGUGGCGCACUGUACUGGAAGAGAACGAGAAGCUUGCACGUGCACGACUGGCCGCCGUCGAAGUCUUCCAGCAGCAGAUCGCUGAUGAGGCCAAGGUUCUGCGCCAGCACAAACUCAAUGUCGCCAAAAAGUGCACAGACUCCCUGGCGCAAGCGCACAAGGAGCUGCAGCUGACUGUGCUGGACGUGGACAAAACGAAGAAGCUAUACUUUGACGAGGAACACACCGCACACGACGUGCGUGAUAAAGCCAAGGAUAUCGAAGAGAAAUUGAAGAAGAAGAAGGGCUCGUUUUUCCAGUCCAUCACGUCGCUGCAGAAAAACAGCGCGAAGGUUUCCUCCCGGAGGGAUCAGCUCGAGGAAAAGUCCGCCGGCGCCCGCAACGACUACAUCCUCAACCUCGCUGCAGCCAACGCGCAUCAGAACCGCUAUUUCCUAGUGGAGCUUCAAUCAUGCAUGCAGACCAUGGAAGCGGCGGUAUACGAGAAGGUAUCGGAGUUCCUGACGCUGAUGGGCCGCACCGAGCUGCUGACCUGCUCGGCGACACAGCAUUCGUUCGGCAAGAUCCGCGAUCAGGCUCAGCAGCUCACCAGGGAAUACAACCUGCAGUGUGUUUACCUUUACUACCCCGUGCUGAAACAGCAUAUACAGUACGAGUUCGAGCCUUGCGAUAACGAUCCCGUGGACACUGUGACGAUGGAGCAGGAGUCAGUUGCAAUGACGCUUGCGCAGGAGGCUCGUCGUUGGGCUACACGGGUUGUACGGGAGACGGCACUCGUCCGCGAUGCCACGCGGAAGAUUCAUUUGUAUCAAGCCAUGAGGGAUGCUGGGCAGAAGGUUGAUCCAAACGAUCCGAACGGCCCAGAGCUGGAAGUUCGUCUUGACGAACUGCGUGCCACCAUUCGUCGGUCAGAAACAUCCAAAGCAAAAUACGAAGCUCGAUUGGAGUGCUUGCGCAUUGGUGGCGCGCCCGUCGACGAGUGGUUGAAGGAGGUGGACCUGCUGGCUGUGCAAGACGCGUUGCCCAGGAGCAGUAGUCUGCUUAGCGUGAGGACUGACGCCUCAGGGGCUGCUGACCAGCCGAGCUCGGACUCAUUCUACGACAGCGACAACACGGACGGCGAAGCGGGUCCCUCGGCGGCUACUGCGGCCUCCGCCGCACAGCAUCAGCGCACCACCUCUGGCUCGCAGCAUGAUGACGACCACGACGAAGAUGUAGACGCGAUGUUGGAAGAAGAAAGGCAGCGCAUAGAAUCACUCACAGUGGGCUGGGAUGACCCCACUCAAGUGAACUGGGGGGAGGCUGAGCCUGCUGCUCCUGCAGGUCAGGAGACCGUGGACCAACCUGCGCCUCCUUUAUACAAGUGUACAGCUCUGUACUCAUAUACGGCACAAAACCCCGAUGAGCUGUCAAUUAUCGAGAACGAGCAGCUGGAGGUGGUGGGAGAGGGCGACGGUGACGGUUGGCUGCGUGCGCGCAACUACCGCGGCGAGGAAGGUUACGUGCCGCACAAUUACCUUGACGUCGACAGGGAGCAGCAGGCAUCAGCAGCACCUGGUCUGGUGACCCAGAUAUCCUUCUCGUCAGUGGACUACACAGUGGAGGGCGAAGACGCCGACGUGGUGCAGUCCCCGGACCAGAUCUCUGUCAUUUCCGCUCCAGUCGCCAAGCCCGACGACUCUAAGGCUGUUACACCGCAAGCCAAGAAUGAUCUGCCAACGCUUGGAUACUGUUUCGCUCUGUAUGACUAUGACGCUGAGGGAGAUGAUGAGCUAAAUUUGGAGGAGGGACAGAUAAUUCGUGUAGUAUCGCGCGACGCGCAUGGCGUCGACGACGGGUGGUGGCGCGGUGAAGCCAACGGCCAACUUGGAAACUUUCCAUCGCUCAUCGUCGAAGAAUGUGACGAGAAUGGCGAGCCAUUAAGUGGCGGCGAAGACUGGACACCGGGUGCUGACGGAACCGCUCCUGUUUUCACCUCACCACCGGGAUCUCCCCCCGGCGCUGCUCACGACGAAAUCGUGAUGAGUGACAACAAUAACGAAAAGAGUGGAGCACCACCGGCUGCUCCUCCCCCGCCGCCGCCUGUGGACCUCAGCGACUCCAUGGACAGUCAGCCUGAUUUCAGCUUUAACCUUGAGUUAAGUAGGAACCAGCAGGACUUGUAUGACUUGCAGUUCUCUCAGUCGGAGCCGACCAAGCCUCCUCCGAUCGCACCGCAAGUCACCAUCGUCGUCGAUGAGGUUGAGGGUGAAAAUUUAGAAGAUGAGGAGGAGGAGGAACUGCAGACGGUGGCACCGCAACCACCAAGCAAGCCGAAGGCAGUUGAGCUACCGGAGGAGUCCGUUCUCGGCGUGGGCAUCGUCAUCACAGCCGCCACGCCCAUGGUCGAGGAGCCUGAACAACCGUUCCCGCCUCCGGAGCCCCAGCCUGAACCCGAACCCGAGACCGAGCCUGAACCGGAACGUGCCGAAGACAACGAUGACGAAGAAUCCUCACUUUCUGAGCAAACCGCCGUGUGCCUUCGUGGGGACGAUGAGGGCCCGGCUGACUCUGCUCCACACCCUGCUUCAAGUUCCACAGCAUCCGAGGGUGAGUCAACGGGAGCAUCCAUCGCCUCCGGCCCGCCCACCGCUCCACAUUCCCCUCCAGCAACGGUUCGAGCAGGCCGAGCUUCCAUUCCCGAUGAGCUCGAGCCCGCGCAGCUGGCCCGCCUCACCGACCUGAAGGAAUCUAACGCUUAAGGUUCUGGAAUCACAACUGAUCCGCGCGAUGCACUCGUCUGACAGCGGCCUAUCGCCUGCGUUUUUACCUACAAAUUAUUCACCACUAUUAAGAUUAUCUGUCAAGUUCCAAAUACAAGUUUUAUAUUUUUCCUAUAAGAACUUCAGAUGGUUUUUCAAAUAGUGCGAACUGGAUCUUCUGAAAAAGGAACUGACUUACAACUAAGUCACUUGGAUCUUAGCAGAUAAUAGGUAUUAUUACUUGUAAACGCAGAUAACUUACCUGUUAUUUAGAUAUUUCUUUUUCGAGAACGUAAAUUCUUAUGCAAGUUUUAUACAAAAAAAAAGAGAGUUGAUCAAUGAUAUUAAUAAACCAAGCC